GGGGCCAGCUGUGAAGUGAAGCAGUGAGAAUUUCCUACACGCAAGAAACACCUGCAAAGUGCCAAAAUGACAGGCAACAGCCCUCAAGACAGGUAUAAGGCUGUCUGGCUGAUCUUUUUCAUUCUCGGCCUUGGGACACUUUUGCCAUGGAAUUUUUUCAUGACUGCUACGGCGUACUUUACUAGCCGCCUGAAGGAGGAUACUUACAACAAUGUGUCCUCCAUUGAUCUCCAUAUGAACACGAAUGACACAGAGAUUGAGAAACCUCCUUCCACACACUUGCAGUCCAUAUUCAACAAUGUGAUGACACUCUGCGCCAUGUUGCCUCUCCUCAUCUUUACCUGCCUCAACUCCUUCAUCCACCAGAGGAUCCCUCAGCAAGUUCGGAUCCUAUGCAGCCUGGUGGCUAUCCUGUUGGUCUUCCUGGUAACAGCCAUCAUAGUCAAGGUCUCCAUGGACCCUUUGCCCUUCUUCACUAUCACCAUGGUCAAGAUAGUCUUCAUCAAUUCCUUUGGUGCCAUUCUCCAGGGCAGCCUCUUUGGACUGGCAGGACUCCUGCCUGCCAGUUACACAGCGCCUAUUAUGAGCGGGCAGGGCCUUGCAGGGACAUUUGCAGCUCUGGCCAUGAUCUGCGCUAUUGCCAGUGGCUCUAAACUGGAAGACAGUGCCUUUGGUUACUUCAUCACCGCCUGUGUCGUGAUCCUAAUGGCCAUUGGCGCCUAUAUUGUGUUGCCUCGUCUGGACUUCUUCCGCUACUACUCCAUGAAGGAUAAGACAGAAUAUCGGACCCAUGAGGCCUACUCUGAGGUGGAAACCAAGAUGGACCUCAUCAAGAAAGAUGACCUCAAUGGUAUGGAACCCACACAUGCUGCAAAUGGGGCCUCCCAUGCAUCAGACCACAACCCUUCAGUACUGAGCAUUUUCAAAAAGAUCUGGGUCAUGGCUGCUUGUGUCUGCUUUGUCUUUACUGUCACUAUUGGGGUUUUCCCAGCUGUCACUGCUGAAACAAAACCAACCAUUGCAGGAAAGACACUUUGGGCUGAUUACUUUACCGCAGUCUGUUGUUUCCUGAUGUUUAAUGUCUUCGACUGGGCAGGUCGGAGCCUUACAGCUGUCUGCUUGUGGCCUGGGAAGGACAGCCGCCUGCUGCCCAUCAUGGUGGUUGCCCGUGUGGUCUUCAUCCCCCUUUUCAUGCUGUGUAAUGUGGGCCCACGCAGACACCUGCCUGUCCUCUUUGCCCAUGAUGCCUGGUACAUCGUCUUCAUGUUCUUCUUCUCCAUCUCCAAUGGCUACCUGGCCAGCCUCUGCAUGUGCUUUGGACCCAAGAAAGUGCUGCCCCACGAAGCAGAGACCGCUGGGACCAUCAUGGCAUUCUUCCUCUCGUUGGGCCUGGCCUUGGGGGCCGUCCUUUCCUUCCCAAUCCGACUAGCCAUCUAACAGACACACUCUGAGUGCUUUGCGGGCAGAGGAUCAGCUCAGAGAGGCCACAGUGCCAGGGAAGAUGUUUUGCCUGCUGCCCAGGAAUUCACUGCCUUAGCUGACUCAAGCACUUCUUGGCCUGCAGUGGGGCUGCGCUAGCGGCCUGGCUCUUCUUCUGUGCAAUACGCCCAGCCUUCCCAUCUUUUCUACUGCCGGCUGUGAAUGACCUUCACUUCCAAGGAUUAUGCCAACCCUCCGCGCUCCCGUUGACAUAGGGAUAUUUGUCUGUCCUGCCUCCCAAACCCUGGACCGUUUACCGUGUUUCCUUAUGCAGGGACUGGCUUAAGACUGUCUGCCCUACUUCUGUUUUUUUGAACACCAUUGCAGUCUCCGCUGCUCUGUAAAAGGGAUUCUUCCCCUGCACCUCACUGCCACUUCAGUCUCCCACCCCUGCUUUGGUUGGAAGGACUUGCUCCCAAGUGUCCAAGCUUCUCUGGCGUCUGCUUUGCUAUCUGAUGGGGGAAAUCCCAAUGUUUUGGCAAUAAUUACAGGUUAUACCCAGAGUUAUCGGGUGUCAUGCCCUGGCUUUGGAAGGCAACCCUUCUCUUGAGGUGGACUCCCAAGCCACAUUUCCCCAAGGCAUAGCUGGCUUCUGUCUAUGAAAAGAGCAUGGUAAGAGUGCCAAGUCCGAGGAGGAGGACCUUGGCUACUCCUGACCCAUAACUGGUGUGUGUGGAUAUAUAUAUAUAGAAUAUGACUGAGCAAGCCAAUGAUGGAGAGUAUUGCUUUCUACAGCCAUAGUCCUGGAGCCUCGAAUUACUCCCCAUUACUUUGUCAUUGUAAAUAUAUGUGUGCAUUUGCCAUUUUGUAUACAAACAGAACAUGCCCCGGUUUUAAAACUGCCUCCAUGUCUUUGACAACUUUCUACUCACAUGGUCACCAGGUGGCAGCACUGAAGGAGUGCAUUUUAAUGCAUGGAAUUCAGGAAAUGCUAUAGUGGAUGGCAGACCUCAUCCCAUACCCUCCCCUGCCCUGGUUGUUUGGAACAAAGGCCCAAGGCACUUGCAAUCCAUUCUCAGCUUCUCUCCUGCCCUCCUUGAAUUUAUAAAGCUCAGGAUUGUAGUUGUUUUGUUUGUACUCUGUUUUAAAAAAGGCAAUGCUUGUGAUA